AUGCUAUCUAUUGUUGAAAGUAAACGUAAUAAACCAACAUUAUUACUUGAUACUUUUCGCUACACACAAGAUAACAUUUUAAGCACAACUAUUUAUUGGAAAUGUGAAAAUCGUUUAUGUCCUGGAUGUGCUAUACAAUAUGGUUCAAAACCAUCGAGGAUGAAAAAAUCACAUAAUCAUGAUGAUGAUGAAAUAAAAUGUAAAGUGGAAGAAUUUAAAAGGCAUUUAAAACGACGUAUUGAAGAUACAUCACAACCAGUGAAAAAAACUUACAGAGAACAAAUAAUAUUAUUAUAUCUUGAAAAAGUUAUGCGAUUAAUCGGAAUAAAAAAAGUAUUCAUUCUUUUCUUUUCUAUAUUCAUAUUUUGUGUUAAUAAUUUCUUAUUUAUGUAUCUAAACCCACUCUAUAAUAAAUUUUCAUUUUAA